ACCACCCUUUCGACAAACCCAUCACCCAGGUUGCAUAAACAGCAGUCAAAAUGGCUCGCCGUCCCGCCCGCUGCUACCGCUACUGCAAGAACAAGCCCUACCCCAAGUCCCGGUUCAACCGUGGUGUUCCCGACCCCAAGAUCCGUAUCUUCGAUCUGGGACGUAAGAAGGCUAACGUCGACGACUUCCCCCUCUGCGUUCACCUCGUCUCCAACGAAUAUGAACAGCUUUCGUCCGAGGCUCUGGAAGCCGCUCGUAUCUGUGCCAACAAGUACCUCGUGAAGAUCGCCGGUAAGGAAGGUUUCCACCUCCGUGUCCGCGUCCACCCCUUCCACGUCAUCCGUAUCAACAAGAUGUUGUCGUGCGCUGGUGCCGAUCGUCUCCAGACCGGUAUGCGUGGUGCUUUCGGAAAGCCCCAGGGUAAGGUCGCCCGUGUCAACAUCGGCCAGAUCAUCCUGUCCGUCCGCACCCGUGACUCCCACCGUGCCACCGCCAUCGAGGCUCUCCGCCGCUCCAUGUACAAGUUCCCUGGUCGCCAAAAGAUCAUCGUCUCCAAGAACUGGGGUUUCACCCCUGUCCGCCGCGAGGACUACGUCCAGCUUCGCCAGGAGGGCAAGCUCAAGCAGGACGGUGCCUACGUCCAGUUCCUCCGUGGUCACGGUCAGAUUGAGGAGAACAUGCGCCGCUUCCCUGAUGCCUACUCUACUGAGGCUUAAAUGUUUGUUACGUUAGCGUUAGGACUGAAAAGGAAAGGGAUCUUGCUGAAUAAAUAAUCGUUCAUGUUC